AUGGAUACGAAUGCUAAUUUCAAAAUUGAAUUUUUUAUCGAUGAAACAGAUAAUAGAGUUGCAAAAUUAGCCAAAAGUUUUCGCAGAACUCGAACAAUGGAAGAAAUACAACCAAAAUGGAGCAAAAUACGCUUAGGAAUUAAAAGGUUCGUACGAGAUCAACGUCGAAAAGCACAAAAAAAAAGUAAAAAUACGUGGAGUGAUCGAACAAAUGCCUCAGUAAAUCAUAGUGUGAACAAACAAUCGAAGUAG